UUUACUGUUAAAAAAUAAAAAAGGCUACCAUACACUAAUAAACACUAUAGAUAAGUUAUUGAUGUUUUAGUGAAUAUUAUAAAAACAAGAGAGUAGAAAUAGGCUAUACAGCUAAAUAGUGUUUGAAAUUAAUAAGUAUAAUCCGUGGUAAUUUCAGUUGUUAAAAUCGUAUCUUUCAGUUCAUUCUCAUUGUGUAUGUGUACAUAUCUUAAACUCGCUGUUUCGCUGUACUUGCCGUGAUGGUGUCCAAACCCUAACCCAGUAAGAAAACGAGAGCUGCAACUGAUAACUGAUAACAUUCGGGUUCUCUUCAUUCAGAACAGAAUAACAUUGCAACAAAUAAGGCAUAAGAAAUGGACAAAGGUAGAUGCUGAGGUUGAAUGCCUCUCAAUAAAACCCUUGUCAAGAGGUGGUUCUCAAAAUAAACGUCCUGUGAAAAGAAUACUUCUUUUAUUGGUGACUUUUGAAUGAGGCAACUGCAGUUUUCCUAAUGGAUGCGGCAGGAAAAAGCUUCAAAAUGGGAGAAGGUGAUUGGUUCUGCUUGGAUCCGCAAUGUGGCAACAUUAACUUUGCUCGGCGGACAAAGUGCAACAGAUGUGGGAAGGAGAAAGCUGAUACGGCACAGCAGAAGAAAAAGCUAGGUCAAGCGAUUGGCAAAGCAGCUGCUGAAAAAAGUAAAGGAUUGUUCAGUGCCGAUGACUGGUCAUGCAACAAAUGUGGUAAUGUCAACUGGGCACGUCGGCAGCAGUGUAACAUGUGCAACGCUCCCAAGUGGGGAGAGGUGGAGGAACGAACGGGUUAUGGAGGGGGAUACAACGACCGAGGAGUGGUAGAGUACAAAGAGAGAGCUGACUCUGAUGAUGAUGAUUAUGAUGAGUUUGGACGCAGGAAAAAGAAAAAGUCUAAGACUGAUGAAGAAUCAAACCACGAAGAUAGAGAUAAAACUGUAGAAGAUAACAAAGAGGAAGAAGAAGAGGAGGAGGAAGAGGAAGAGGAUGAUGAUGGAGAUCUCUCUAAGUACGACCUAAGUGACUGGGGAGAUGUGUCAAAUGACAAACAAAAAGAUAAGGAUAGGAAUGAGAGAACUAAGAACCACAGUGAAGACAAAAGAGAGCGUUCGAGAUCCAGGUCUCCGGCAGACAACCGACGAUAAAAGACUGACACAAGAGUGUGUUGAACUUUAAAUAAAAAAACUAUUGUGAAGUGUACAGUCUGCUGUCUAGUAUCAAUGUUGUUUUUAUUUAGUAGUGGUAUCUUAGUGAAAAAUAACUUGUUUUCUUUUAAGUUUUGAUAACGUGCGUGUGAUUAGAACGUCUAAGUAUCCUGAUAGUUUACUGGUAUGAUUGAAAUAGAUAUACACAACUAAGAGCUGUCACAGUUGUAAUUUA